AUAUAGGUGUGAGGUUUUACGCAUCUACACAAAUUGAGCACCAACAAAGUGCAACAUGAAAGGACAUUCAGUUCUAUUGCUAUUAUUCAACUCUCUCAUCCUUUUUAAUCUUGGAAUCAUUGAAGCAGGGAGUGGUAAUGGUGCCACUAAAAGUAAUCACAAUGAGGUUUAUAUUGUGUACAUGGGAGCUGCAGAUUCAACAAAUGCUUCCCUCCGGAACGACCAUGCUCAUGUUCUGAAUACAGUGCUAAGAAGGAAUGAGAGGGCUCUAGUACACAACUACAAACAUGGUUUCUCAGGAUUCGCUGCUCAUUUAUCAAAAGAGGAGGCAAGUUUAAUUGCUAAGAAACCUGGAGUGGUGUCUGUUUUCCCUGACCCCAUUCUGAAACUGCACACAACACGUUCUUGGGAAUUCCUCAAGUACCAAACUCAUGUCAAAAUUGACACUGACCCAACCGUCACCAAUUCUUCUUCAUCAUCAGACAUCGUCAUUGGCAUCAUAGACACAGGUGUAUGGCCUGAGGCGGCAAGCUUUAUGGACAAGGGUCUGGAUCCUGUUCCAUCAGGUUGGAAAGGCACCUGCAUGAAAUCACAAGAUUUCAAUUCAUCUAACUGUAACAGGAAGCUAAUCGGUGCAAGGUAUUACCCUGACCCACAGUCAGACGAUGACAGUGCCAGCACAGCAAGAGACUCAAACGGGCAUGGGACCCACACGGCAUCCACAGCGGUGGGAGCCACCGUGCUCAACGCCUCAUUCUACGGUCUGGCGGAGGGGACCGCCAGGGGUGGGUCCCCUGAAUCCAGGUUGGCGGUUUACAGAGUGUGCUACGACUUCGGCUGCCGUGGCUCCGCCAUCCUCGCCGCGUUCGACGACGCCAUCGCUGAUGGAGUGGACGUGCUAUCCCUCUCGCUCGGGUCGCCGUCGUAUCUCCGACCAGAAUUGACCACGGAUCCAGUCGCCAUCGGAGCGUUCCACGCCGUGGAGCGCGGCAUCGUGGUGGUCUGCUCCGCCGGGAAUGAUGGACCGGAUGUGAACACCGUUGUGAACGACGCUCCUUGGAUCUUAACCGUUGCAGCCACCACCAUUGACCGUGAAUUUCAGUCUAAUGUUGUCUUGGGUGGUAACAAAGUGAUCAAGGGUGAAGCUAUAAAUUUCUCACCUCUUUCAAAUUCCCCUGACUAUCCAUUGAUAUAUGGUGAGUCUGCCAAGGCAAGCAGUGCAAAAUUGGAUGAGGCAAGGCAGUGCCAGAGUGAUUCAUUAGACGGGACUAAAGUUAAAGGAAAGAUUGUGAUAUGCAAUGGCAAAGGUGACACAUCUUCAACUAGAGAAUUAAUUGACACGGUGAAAUCAAUAGGAGGAUCAGGUCUUGUUCACAUUACUGACCAAAAUGGAGCAGUGGUAUCAAAUUAUGGGGACUUCCCAGCAACUGUGAUAAGUUCAAAAGAUGCCACCACAAUCCUUCAGUAUGCCAAUUCAACCAGCAAUCCAAUGGCAACAAUUCUACCAACAGUUUCUGUCACUGAUUACAAGCCUGCACCAAUGGUGGCAUAUUUUUCAUCAAGAGGGCCUUCAACGCUAUCAAAGAACAUUCUCAAGCCUGACAUUGCAGCACCAGGAGUUGACAUUCUUGCAGCAUGGAUUGGCAAUGAUGCAGAUGAUGUUCCAAAAGGAAAAAAGCCCUCACAAUACAACAUCAUUUCAGGGACUUCCAUGUCAUGCCCUCAUGUUUCAGGCCUUGCAGGCAGCAUUAAAUCUCGCCACACCACUUGGAGUGCCUCUGCCAUCAAAUCUGCCAUCAUGACCUCUGCAACUCAAAACAACAAUUUGAAGGCUCCCAUGACAACAGAUUCAGGGUCAGUAGCCACACCUUAUGACUAUGGAGCAGGGGAAAUGACAACCUCUGCAUCAUUUCAACCAGGGCUAGUUUACGAAACGAGCACCACUGACUACCUAAACUACUUGUGUUACAUUGGACUUAAUGUAACCACGAUUAAGGUCAUUUCCAGAACUGUCCCUGAUAGCUUCACUUGCCCCCAGGAUUCAAGUGCUGAUCAUGUUUCCAACAUCAACUACCCUUCCAUAGCAAUCACCAAUUUCAAUGGGAAAGGAGCAAUAAACGUGAGUAGAACUGUUACAAACGUUGGUGAAGAGGAUGAAACAGUUUACUCCCCCAUUGUUGAUGCUCCCAGUGGGGUAAACAUCAAGUUAAUUCCAGAAAAACUCCAAUUCACAAAAAGUAGCAAAAAACUAAGCUACCAAGUUAUUUUCUCUUUGACUUCUUCGACCUCGCUGAAAGAAGAUCUAUUUGGAUCCAUUGCCUGGAGUAAUGGUAAAUAUAUUGUUCGAAGUCCUUUCGUACUAGCUAAGUAGCCAGGAAAGUGGUAUGGAAGUGGUAGGUGUACACACGGACAACCAUUAGACAUAUGGUUUAGCAGCGGAUUUUAACCGUCAGUAAUGUUUGCAGUCAUUUAAAACUGUCACUAAGUCAUAUGUCUAUUGGGUGUCCGCUAAAAUCCGUAUGUACACAUAUCAUCAGUCAAGUAGUAAACUAGAAGCAGCAAUGAAUAAAUGCAAGUGCCAAGUGAAGUUCUUUUUAA